AUGACUUUAACAUAUGAAAUAAUAACAGCAUAAAGAGUUAAUUAUAAAACAAGUGACAUGUUUUCAAUUGUAAUUUCUAAAAGCUUUUUAAGUGGAAAACUAUUGCCUUUUAAUAUGCCACAAUCUAAUGAUAUUUUAUUCGAUUUAAUUUAAGCUGAAAAUUAAGUUGAAUUUAAAAAUUUGGGAUUAAAUGAGAGAUAACCAUUCGAUGAUACUUUUUGGUAAUAAAAAGAUACUAUAUUAAUACCUUAUUUUCCAUAUUUUGCUAAUUGUAAUGGAUAUGAUAAACAUAUGAUUAUUUAUUAAUAUUUAGAAAAUCUUGAAAAAUGUUAAUUAAAGUUGCCUGAAGAAACAUUAUUAGUAAACUCUAUUCCUAUUUCAGGUUUAUAUCCUAUUGCUGAUGAAUGUAAUUAUAAACUUACAUGUACAUACGAAGAGUAAUAUGAUAUAGUUUAUAAAGGAACUAAAUGGUAUGAUACUGAAAAUUCAAUUCUAUUUUAUAUAACUUAAGAUUAUUUAACUUUAGAAGAAUUUAUCAAAGAAAAAAAUGACUCAAGUGGUUUUUUUUCUUAAAUUUUACAGGAUAAAAAAGGCGAUUUAAUUCCUGUUAAAUUUAAAUCAAUUGGUAAAAAAAGUGGGUAUAUACCUAACACUGGAACUUUUUUUGGUACAAUUCCUUUUUUGGUUGCUCAUUUUUUUGUUUAUUUCAUAUAUUAAAUUUAAAUGUUUAGUGUGGAUAAUGUUUUUAAUUAAUAUGAUGUCACUAUUAUAACUCCCGAAGAAAAAAAAAAAAUCGAAUAAGGCCGUUCUGGCCUAAUGCUUUGUAUUAUGGGACUUUUCUUUAUGUAUUAUGGGGCUUGUUUGUAAAUACCAUUACCUUCAACAGAAUAUGAAAAUAGAAGUGUUUCUUGGAUAGGAUAUAAUUAUACAAAAGAUAAAUCUUUAGAAAUAAUAUAUAGGUCAUUAGAUAAUAUGCAAUUUUCCGAUCAGUUUUAUUUUAUAGGAACUAUUACUACUUUCGGAAUUUUAUUUUUCGUAAUAGGAAUGACAAUAAUGUUAAGAACUUAAUACAUAUUUUUUUCUGAUCCUGUAAUAUAUCCUAUGAUAACUUUUUACUAUUUUAUUGUACAUCCUACUAAAUGGUUGAUGAUAUAUUUUUGGAGCAAAUUUGAUCUAUGGAAAUUAGUAGAUUAAGAAAAUGGAAAUUAAUAAUUGGAAAGUAUUGAUGAUAUAUUAAAUUAAGAAAGAGAAAAUAUAGAAUAAAUAAUGGAACAAGAAGAAAUAAGAGAGCAUUUUGUGAAAUAAAAUAAAGAAUGGUUGAUAAAAAAUUUAACCGAAUAUUUAACUCCUGAAAGUUUUUUGGAAAACAACGAAUAUCUAUUAAAUUUGUAUUAAAAAUUAAUAGAAGACGAAAAUUAAGAAGAAAAAGAAAAAAGAAGGAAAGGAAUGCAAGAUAAAAAGAAAUAAGAACUACAAAGAUUAAAAGAUAAAGUAAAUGCAAAUAAUAAAAAAAACAACGAAUAAAAUUACGAAAACCUAAUUUUAUGCAGCAAGGCCAUUUAAUAAAAAUUAAUGGAAAUAUUUUUAUGA